AUGCUCCCUCCUGGCCCCUCAAGAGCUGCUGCAGUCAUGUGGAGGACCAUAGCCUUGUCUGGAACAACAGUGGUGAGGGUACUGCCAACACUGCUCUACGUGAUGGAGGACUGGCCACUGCAUGGCACGUCCACUUCUGAGGGGCGCAAGGACAUCAUUGCCCUGGCUGCAACCAUAGUGGUUUGGGAAAUUCUCCAGAUGAUCCGCUACCCAGAGCUAUUGAUGGAAUAUUCCCCCCGUCUCCUCGUGGAUCUGCUCUUCGUGGUUCUCAUCAGCACAGAGCAGAUGCCAGAGGAGGUUGCCACCUUCUGGGGGAGAUGCUGGGAGGAACACCGGCUCCCAGCAUGACCUGAGCUUCUCUCUCCACACAGAUUCACAGUGCUGACCGUGAAGACCCUGCUUUGCCAUCUGUAGUUUGAAAAUAUUGUGAUGGCAAUGGAACGGAAGCGUGGCUGGGACACGCUCCUCAGGCCUGACACCCGCCACUACGCAGUGGGUCUGCUGGCCAGGGAGAUGCGCCGUGCCUCGAGCCCCUUGUGUUCCCCAGUUGCCCUCUGCCUGCUGGGGGUGCUCAUCAGGGAGAAGCCCCGCUGGGAGGUUCCCGCCAUGGCCUUCCUUGUGGAGGUCCUCGACUGCCUGGACAUGACUGAAUGUGGGGAUGGAAUCCUGCAGAUCCUUUCAAGAGACCUGGUGAACGAAUGCAAAGAGAGGCGUCGCCUGGCGAUCAAAGGCUUUGUACUGCUGAGCACGGAUCCUAUGAUGGCCAAGAGAAUGUGCAGCCUCUCGGAAAGUCUCAUGCAGCUCCUGUGGGAUGCAGAUGUCGAGGUGGUUGAGCUGGCCUUGCCAAUAUUCCUGAAUAUGCUGCAGAGCAAAGACAUCCUAACCUCCAGCCCCACCGCCCUGAAGCUGGCUGAGGCUCUGCGGCCACUCUUUGACAGUGACAACAGCCAUGUGCAGAUCCUCUCCAUUCACCUGUUCCAAGAGGUGAUGAAGUCGGGAGUGGAUGAGGGAAAGAAGCCCUUGAAGAUACAUGUGGUCCAGAACCUGUUCCCAUUCUUCCUCUACUGUGGCAUGAUGAGAACCAGCAAAGUGGCACAGACCUCUCGGGAAGCGCUGCUUUGUGUAGCCAAAUUUCUGAAGAGGAAGAAUCUCGAGCAGCUGCUGAAGACAGAGCAGCCAUUGAAAUUUGGCGAGUGCCUGCUGGAAAAGGACAAGAGCCAAGUGGCCGAAUAUGUGCACCAGGCGCUUCCAUACCUGGAGAGCCCACAGGAGCCCAUGCAAGAGGCAGCCAUCAAGUUCAUAGGGAUGGCCGGGAGAUACCUGAAAGGGCAGAAGAAAGAGUUGCAGCUCGUCGUGGACGGUGAAUGA